AACUUUAGAUUUAUUCGAAGCUUAGGGUUUCGCCCAUCACUGCUACGUGGUGCCUCAACUUUUUCUCGACUAGUGAUCUUCCACCAAAUUAGGAUACAAUUCUAGGCCCUCUACAUCUGUUCACAUGUGUUUAGUUACAAUUGGUUACAGUGACAAACAUGUAAACGUACACAUGUGAAACAUGAACUAAGAACGAGGUAAAAAAAGAUUUCAAAUUUCAAUUUCAUUCAUUGUCAGUUUGAAGUCAAUCUAAUGGAUCAACUUGCGUCGACAUUUAACAAAAAUCAUUUAAACAGCGGGCUUGGCAACGUGACUGAAAAAAAUUCUUAUUCGCAAACGAAAGCCUUGAUCGAAAUAAUCGAGUUACACCGUUAUUUGAUACAAAAUCAAGAUAAACUCGAGAAAAAAAAUUUUUUAAAAAAAUACCCAUCAUGGAAUGCAAAAUUGCAAGACUUGGCAAUAAAUAUUAAAAAAGCUACAAUCGAAGUACGACAACGGACGUUUGAUCUUACCAAACAGAGAUCACAUUUUAUCCAAUUUCAACAAAAGGCUGAGGUGGAUCGGACAGCUGCAAAGUUUCUAAAAACGAAUGUUAAAAGAUACCUGGAGUACAUGCUUGCCACGCAAAUUGAAUUUACAUCUAAGAUAUUAAUUGCGAACCAGGAGAAUGAAAUGCGAAAAAAACGUAUACAAAACGAAGCAAAAUCUUUAGAGUUCCACUUAAAAUCUGCCGCUAUGAUACAUGAUUUAAGAAAAACUGACUUAUACCAUACACGCUUUAAAACAAAGAAACAAUACUUGGACCAACUCGCAAAAUAUGACGAGAAUAUUGAAAAACUUUACGCUUGCAAAAUUUCUCUUCUGGUUGAUAAAGAUUCCAUUGAGAAAGAGUAUGUUGCUAUUCAGAAUCAACUUAUCGGUCAGCGUAGUUUGUAUAAUCGAUUGAAAGAGGAACACAAACAGAACGUAACGAAGGCUUUUAUAGGAAAAUUAGAAAAUUUUCGUCGAAAUCGUGCAGCAAGAUUGAUUCAGCAGAAUUGGAGAUCGUACUGUGCACGCGUGUCUGCGAAAAAAAGGAAAAGCAGAAAGUAACACAUGUACGAGAAGUCGCGCAUUUCGGUUUUAGCAGAGUACUUGGCGUAUGUAAGUUGCUAUAAUACGAAAUGAUGAGACCAUUUAAUUUUUCUGUUACAAUUUGGUUUUAAUUUAAACCAAUAACGGCGGUUUUGUUUACAAACAACACCUUUGUAACAUCGAUGAUUUAUUUUUCAUCGACAAUACCAAACAGCAGUAGCAGCAGUAACAGCA